AUGGCAGAGGACCUGGUCGACAGCGUCACGGAUACGCUCCUGGCCGCUGCCACCGCGACGGCAACCUUCAUCGCCGAGGCGGCAGCGACAGCCGCAACGGACGAAUGGCUCACAAACGACAACUCCAGCCUGCCUUUGGGAAUGGACGGCAGCGACGUAAUACCUGCUCCGUCGUCGGAGGGGUCAUAUUUCGUUUUAGACCACCAGAAGCAGCAGGGUAUCCCGAAGCGCCAACGAGCAAAGGAGUACAUGCGCCCGCUCUGGCUCGCCGGCAUGGGAAUAUACAUCGCAUCGCAGUUGUUCGGUUCACCCCUCGCCCUCCGGUAUCUCCGGCCAGACUGGGUUGCUCCGCUUGGCGCGUCAAGCCUCGUGUUCAACUUCCUGUUCGCGUACUGGCUCGUCGGGACGCCUGUAACGCAGUCGGAUAUCCGCGGUACAUUAUUCAUUGUGCUCGGCGUCAUCCUCAUCGUCAUCUUCUCGAGCAUCAACCACGGCCUCAAGCAGGAACUGACCGUUGACGAACUUUCCGCGCUCUGGUCGCGCGGCUCUUGGCUCUCGUACUUCUUCGUGCUCAUCUUUGCGACGUGGGUCGUCUACCUCGUCGGCGACUUGCUGCACAAAGUCGCCAAGCAGCGCGCGUCGUUCAGUCCGCUCCCGUCGCCGACGAUGGGAAGAGGCUCGCGACCCCUGCCUGCUCUCAACUUCUUCCAACGUGCACUCGCGCAGUGGCGCGGCUGGGAGAGCAUAGUCCUCGGCCACCUCGAGCGACUGCUGCAACGCACGCAGGACGCGCGCGUCCAAUGGCUCGAGGGCAUCUUCUUCGCGUCGUGUGGUGGCAGCCUCGCGGGCCUGUGUCUCGUCUUCACCAAGGCCAUCGUCAAGAUCAUGUGGGGAGAUGGACAUCCUCUCUUCCACUUCUCCGCAAUCAUGACGCUCAUCCUCCUCAUCGGCACUGCAGUUCUCCAGAUCGUGUGUCUGAACAGCGCGCUGCGGUGUGCAGACACCGUCGUGGUCGUCCCGCUCUUCUACGCCGGCUACACCGUGUUUGGCUUCAUCAACGCUCUUAUCUUCUACGACCAAGCCGGUUCAUACACGCGCUGGGUUCUCGUCAUGGUUUUCGUCUCGAUUGGCGUGCUCAUCGGCGGCGUUAUCCUCCUCUCCACCAAGCCUGAGGACUCUGAACCAUCCGACGAAAGCAACACGGAUCCCGCGAUCCGGAUGCGCCCUGGCACUUCGCGCCCACCACUUGCGCGGAGCGGCGCGGCGAUGGGCGCCAGCGGCGCGAGAACGUUAGACGAUACGCGGAAACCAAGCGAGGACCACCCACAGGAGGUUGUGUGGGACCUUGGUGAGGACAGCGACGACGAGGACGCGAACGCGAACGCGAACGACAGGCUUGUGAAGGAGGCGGAGGAGCGGAAAGAAGAGCCUGACAGUGACGAGGACGAGGACGAGGGCCGGGGCGUCGGAGGAACAAAGGAGAGCCGUGGAGAGCGCGGUGGCCUGCUGCUCCAGACGGAUGAGGAUGAUAUGGAGGACAGGAUUAGCCCGCGGCCCCCGCCCCGGCGACUGCCUUCCAAGGUUGACGAGGAUGAGGCUGAGACAUUCGGCCCGUGGACCAGCGGGCGUUAA